AUGAUGCGUCCACCGAUUAUUCUUCUCAAGGAUGGAACUGAAAACAAACAGGGUAAAGGACAAAUUUUAUCCAACAUCAAUGCUUGUCAAGUGGUUGCUGACAGUAUUAGAACAACACUUGGACCCCGUGGAUUGGAUAAACUUAUUGUUGACAGCAAAGGUUGAUCAGUUUCAUUUUAAAAUAAAUCAAAAGAUGUAUUUUUAGGAGCAACAACAAUCUCUAAUGAUGGUGCCACUAUCUUGAAAUUGUUGGAUAUUGUUUUCCCAGCUGCAUCAGUCAUGGUUGAUAUUGCAAGAUCUCAAGAUGCUGAAGUUGGAGAUGGAACAACAUCAGUCGUAGUUCUUGCCGCUGAAAUGUUGAAAAGAAUGAAACCAUUCAUUGAAGAUGGUGUUCAUCCUCAACUUUUGAUCAGAGCAAUUUCAAGAGCUUCGGAAGAAGUUUUGAAAUAUUUGAAUGAGCUCGAAAUCAAAAUUAACGGAAAAAAAGAGCUUCGCGAAAUGUUGGUCAAAUGUGCCGCGACUACUUUGAGCAGUAAAUUAGUCAGUCAAGAACGUCAAUUCUUCGCGAAUAUGGUUGUUGAUGCAGUUAACACUUUGGAUGAAAAUCUUCCAUUGAACAUGAUUGGAAUCAAGAAAGUUAGUGGUGGAAAUUUGCACGAAUCACGUCUUGUUAAAGGUGUUGCUUUCCAAAAAGCAUUCAGUUAUGCUGGUUUUGAAAUGCAACCAAAGAAAUACACCAAUGCAAAGGUUGCACUUCUUAAUAUUGAACUCGAAUUGAAAGCCGAAAAAGAAAACGCUGAAAUGAGAUUGACAAAUGUUUCUGAUUUCCAAGCUGUCGUUGAUGCUGAAUGGAAUAUUUUGUACGAUAAAUUGCAAAAAAUUGCCGACAGUGGAGCAAAUGUUGUUUUGUCAAAAUUGCCAAUCGGUGAUGUUGCUACUCAAUGGUUCGCUGAUCGUGAUAUGUUCUGUGCUGGAAGAAUUCCACAAGACGAUUUGGAUCGACUUAUGGCUGCUUGCGGUGGAAGCGUUUUGACAACUGUUUCACAAAUUGAAGAAAGUGUUUUGGGAACUUGUGGAAAUUUCUAUGAACAACAAGUUGGAAGUGAACGCUACAACUUCUUUGAAGAUUGCAGCAAAGCUCAAGCUUGCACUCUUUUACUUCGUGGUGGAGCUGAACAAUUUAUUGCCGAAACUGAAAGAUCUCUUCAUGAUGCUAUUAUGAUUGUUAGACGAGCCAAGAAAAACGAUUCCAUUGUUGCUGGUAAGUGAUUUUACCUCAGAUUUUUGUUGAAAGUUGGAAAAGUGUUUGUUUCGAAAUAUGAUGGUUCCAGGAAAGUUGGCUUUUUUCAUGCUACAUUUUCAAAUUUGCAAUCAUUUUUCGAUAAAAAUUAUCACAGAACAAUGAUUUGUUAGAGCCUCUAGAAUCGUUUGUAUUUCGUUCCUAAAAUUUUCUUUUUUUUUCAGGCGGUGGAGCUAUCGAAAUGGAAUUAGCCAAAUUGUUGAGAGACAAAGCUAGAACAAUUGCUGGAAAAGAACAAAUGUUCUGGAUGGCAUUUGCUAGAAGUUUCGAGGUUUGUUUUUAUUUCACUCUCAAAAUUCAGCAUCACAUUUUUAUUCUUGAUUUUCUUCAGAUAAUCCCACAACAAUUAUGCCAAAAUGCUGGACUUGAUGGAUUGGAUAUUGUUAACAAAUUGAGACAUCGUCAUAGUACAGGUAUGCUAAUGUUAUAGAUUGUUCUUUCCAAAAAUCAAUCGAUUUUCAGGUGAAAAAUGGGCUGGUAUUGAUAUUCAUCGUGAAGCUAUUGGAGAUAAUUUGGAUGCUUGUGUAUGGGAACCAAGUAUUGUCAAAAGGGUGAGUUUUUUUUUGAAAAAUAAAACUUAUUUUUGAAGAUAGCGUUACUUCGGCUAUUUCUUUUGAAAGUUGGAGUUUUAGAAAACUAAAUUUUAAAAUGAAAAUUUCCGUUUCAAAAUUUAAACGUAUAUUGUCAAAACUGAGUGAUCUGUAAACUGAUUUUGAAAUACUUUUGUUUGAAAAUUUAGAGAACUCCAAAUUCUAAAAUCACUUCGAAUCUUCAAAGAAUUAAUCCUAAUUUUUCACGUCAAAUGCCACGUUUGAGAUUUUUAUCUCAAAUUUUCAUUUCCAAGUUUUCACAGUAACUCAAACCUUCAUUUUUAAAUUUUUGUAAAUUAAUUUCUAAUUUUUACAGAACGCAAUAACCGCCGCAACUGAAGCCGUCUGUUUGGUUCUUUCAAUCGAUCAAACUGUCAAAAAUGUUCGUACUCCAUCCGGUGGAGCAAUGCCUGGACUCCCAGGACAAUAA